UUGUUUAUUUUCUUUCAUGAACAAUUAUCUCGAAGGUUAUCUGGGAAAAAAUACUUGGUGGAAGCUUUGAAAGGCAAAUUAAAAGAUGGAAACAAAUCUGACAGCUAACCAACUUGAGCCACAAAUUGGCCAAGUAGCUGGUGUGGAAGCCGUGCCUGUACAUGACUCUGAUAGUGAUGGCCAAAAUGCUAAUGUGCAAAUGGAAGCCAAUGCUGGAAAUGACCCUACUGUUGCUGGACAAACUGCUAAUGUGGAAGCAAAUCCAAGAAAAAGAAAAGAGUCCCUGCAAAGAUCAGUGGUGUGGGAUCAUUUUGAUUCCAUAAGAGAUGGAAAAGGUGUUAUAAUGCAAGCAAAGUGCAAGUACUGUGCUCGUAUGUAUAACUGCAACGCCAAAAAAAAUGGCACAUCUACAUUGAGGAGUCAUAUGAUUAGGUGUACUAAACACCCCUCCACUGUUGAAACCAGGCAAGCUCUUCUCUCUUUUCAACCUGUUUCUAAUGCUGGUCCUGAUGUUGGUGGUAUGUUUAAUGUUGCUGCAUGGAAAUUUGAUCAGGAUGUAAUUAGGCAGGCUGUUGCAUAUAUGAUAGUUGUUGAUGAAUUGCCUUUUAGAUUUGUUGAGAAACAGGGGUUUAGGAAGUUAAUGAGUGUUGCUUGUCCUAUGUUUAAAAUUCCUUCUAGAUUCACUGUGAAUAGAGACUGCUAUAGCAUGUUUGUGGAAGAGAAAUUAAAACUGAAAAAAAUUUUGAAAACAUGUACACAGAGAGUGAGUCUAACUAGUGAUACAUGGACAUCUAAUCAAAGACUUAAUUAUAUGUGUAUCACUGCCCACUACAUUGACAAUGAUUGGAAGCUCAAUAAAAAGAUUAUAUCUUUUGUCCCUUGUUCUAAGCAUAAGGGUGAAUACUUGUCUAAGGCAUUAGAAUCUUGUUUGCAAGAGUGGGGGGUGAAAAACAUUUUUUCUGUGACUCUUGAUAAUGCAGAAAAUAAUAGUACUGCAAUGGGUUUUUUCAUGAAAAAAAUGUUAAGUUGGGGCACUACACCUGAGAGAUGCAAGUAUGCACACAUGAGAUGCGUUGCUCACAUACUUAAUCUAGUUGAGUCUGAUGGAUUGAAGGAGUCUGGUUCCUCUUAUGAGAAGGUUAGAGGGGCAGUAAGAUACAUUAAGAAUUCACCACUUAGGUUAAGUAAGUUUAAAGCUUGUAAACUGUCAACUGAAACUGUGUGUAAGCGCUCUUUAUGUUUGGAUGUUCCAACUAGGUGGAAUUCUACAUAUCUUAUGUUGAGUACUGCCUUACUUUAUCAGAAAGUCUUUGAAGAGUAUGAGGAAGUUGAGUCUAGUUUUAAAGCAGAUUUGGGUGAAAAUGUGCCUACUUUCAGUGAUUGGGAAAAUGUUAGGGAAUUAUGUGGUAUGUUAGAGUGCUUUUACAAAAUGACUUUGAGAAUUUCUGGUUCUCUUUAUGUGACUGCAAACAACCAUUUGAAUGAAAUUUCUGACUUAUGUACAAUUUUGCAAGAUUGGAUUGCUUCUAGUGAUCUAUCUUUGAGAUUAAUGGGAACUAAAAUGAAAGCAAAAUUUGACAAGUAUUGGGGUGAACCGUUAGUGAUGAAUAAGAUUAUUUUCUUUGCUAAUAUUUUGGAUCCUAGGGAUAGAAUUGUGUUUAUGGAGUACACACUUUGUGGGAUGUAUGGGUCUCAAAAGGGAAAAUUCUUGUUUGCUUGUUUGAUGGAGGACUUUGCUUCUCUGUUUAAUGAUUAUGAUGUGCAAUACAAAAAAGAAUUGGCUACUGCUGGCCAGAGUAGCCCCUCAAAUGAAAAUUCUGGCCAGUUAUCUCAAGCCAAUUCAGUGUUGAAAGAGAGGUUCAUGCAACAAAUGUUGGAGACUGGUGGUGUGGGUGGAAGCAAAAAAUCUGAACUAGAUGUCUAUUUAAGUGAGGCAGUGGUUCCCAAUGAUAGUGGUUUUGAUAUUCUGAACUGGUGGAAGUUCAAUUCUCAGAGGUUUCCAGUCCUCUCAAGGAUUGCUCGUGAUGUGCUAGCUGUACCAGUCUCCACAGUUGCUUCAGAAUCUGCUUUUAGCACUGGUGGUAGAGUCCUUGAUGACUUUAGGAGCUGUCUUACUCCUAAGAUUGUUGAGGCCUUGAUUUGCACUCAAGAUUGGUUUAGAGACCCAUCAAAGCCUGUUUCUGUUGAACAGGCUUUGGAAGAGUUGGAGGAGCUAGAAGAAGGCUUGCAGUUGCAGAUGCACUUUUUGUGGGGACUAAUUUUUUGGAGCAAGGCUGUCUAUAUUGCAUUUUUGAAGCUAGCUAAUUUUUUGGGAGCUAAGCUCAUUUUUUGGACCUGUGUACAGUUAAAAGUCUUAAGGCUCUAA